AUGGGUGAUACAGAUGUGGGGGUCUGUUACAGACCUACUGAUCAGGAUAAGAGUGUUGACGAGGCUUUCGCCUUAGUCCUCAUGGGGGAUUUUAACUACCCAGGUGUGUUUUAUGAAGUUGUUCAGAGCUUCCCUCGAGUGGAGGAGACUGUGCAGGUGGAUUUCCAUGUAAGCAGCCACAGGUGGAGAAGGCACUCAGAGUCUCUCAAAUCAGUCGACACCAACAGAGCCAGCAUGGGGCAGGACUCCUCUGAGCCAGGGGGUUUCACGGACUUGCUGCUUGCGGAGGGCCCUGACAACGCCACUCAAGUAGAGGAGGACACAGAUCAUAACUAUUACACUUCAAGGACAUAUGGCCCAUAUGAUUCUACCAGCCGGGAUUUGUGGGUGAAUAUAGACCAAAUGGAGAAGGACAAAGUAAAGAUUCAUGGGAUCCUUUCCAAUACCCAUCGACAAGCAGCUAGAGUGAAUCUGUCCUUCGAUUUUCCAUUCUAUGGUCAUUUUCUACGUGAAAUUACUGUGGCAACUGGAGGUUUCAUAUAUACUGGAGAAGUUGUGCAUCGAAUGCUAACAGCUACACAAUAUAUUGCACCCUUAAUGGCAAAUUUUGACCCCAGUGUGUCAAGAAAUUCAACAGUCAGAUACUUUGAUAAUGGCACAGCACUAGUUGUCCAGUGGGACCAUGUACAUCUGCAGGAUAAUUACAACCUGGGCAGUUUCACUUUUCAGGCCACCCUUCUCAAUGAUGGGCGUAUCAUUUUCGGCUACAAAGAAAUACCUGUCGCUGUGACACAGAUAAGUUCAACCAACCACCCAGUGAAAGUGGGACUCUCAGAUGCAUUUGUGGUUGUGCACAGGAUCCAGCAAAUUCCCAAUGUCCGUAGAAGAACAAUUUAUGAGUACCACAGGGUGGAGCUACAGAUGUCAAAGAUUACCAAUCUCUCAGCUGUUGAAAUGAUACCUCUUCCAACUUGUCUCCAGUUUACCAGCUGUGGCCCCUGUGUCACUGCCCAGAUUGGCUUCAACUGCAGCUGGUGCAGCAAACUCCAAAGGUGCUCCAGUGGAUUUGACCGUCACCGGCAGGACUGGGUAGACAGUGGCUGCCCUGAAGAGUCGAAAGAUAAGAUUUGUGAGAAUAUAGACACAACUGAAACACCUCCAUACUCUACCACCACCCUUCUGCCAACCACCACAAAGUUCAGAGUUUUAACAACUGCCAGAGCAUCCACCACUUCCCACCUGCCAACUAGCCUGCCCACGGAAGAUGACACCAAGAUAGCACUGCACCUUAAAGACAAUGGAGCUUCCACAGAUGACAGUGCAGCAGAGAAGAAGGGUGGAACACUUCAUGCUGGCUUAAUUGUCGGCAUUCUAGUCCUGGUCCUCAUUGUGGCUGCAGCCAUCCUCGUGACUGUCUAUAUGUAUCAUCAUCCAACGUCAGCAGCCAGUCUCUUCUUUAUAGAGCGACGUCCAAGCAGAUGGCCAGCAAUGAAGUUCAGAAGAGGAUCUGGACAUCCUGCCUAUGCUGAAGUGGAACCAGUUGGAGAAAAAGAAGGGUUCAUCGUAUCAGAGCAGUGCUAAAAUUUCUAGGACCGAACACCAGUACUGGCCUACAGGUGUAAGACAUUUAUUUUGCCUCUCUCUAAAGAAAAGAAGCCCUAAGCUGCUGUAGCCUGAUAGAAAGAAGAUUUUGGAUAAACUUGGUUCAAGGAAGAAAACUAAGAUACCAGAUUACUGCACAGUAGUUUUUGUUAGCAAACUGAGACACAAUGGUUCAUGCAGAACUCUUGUCAGUGGACACCUAUGGUAUCAGAACUAUGGCACAAGUGCCAUGUUGUUUGCUUUAGGUAUGGGGAUGCACAGUAAUCAAAAUAUAAUAAAGCUUUGGUGC